UUAUAUAUUGUUAACAUUGUAAAAGUGUUAUUGAUCAUAGGAAGAUGGAGGAAAGAAGAGUGAUGAAGACCAAGUUAAUCUUUGGCUUCGUUGUUGUACUUUAUUCAUCGAUAACUUGUAUCUUUGCAGUAGACACCAUGUCUGCAACCCAAACGCUUAGAUAUAAUGAAACCAUCGUUUCGCCUAAGGGAACCUUCGAACUUGGUUUCUUUAGCCCCCUUAAUUCCAUGAGCCAUUAUGUCGGAAUUUGGUACAACAAAAUACCGAAACGAACCUAUAUAUGGGUAGCCAACCGAAACACACCGCUCAAAGACACCUCGGGAGAGCUAACUCUCACCCUUCAGGGAGUUUUAGUUCUCAAAAACACCAUAAGUGGCAAUGUCAUAUGGUUGUCAGCGAACUCAUCAAUGAAGCUAGUGAAAAAUCCGGUUGUCCAGCUUCUAGAUACGGGCAACCUUAUAAUUCACGAGGAAGGUGAGGGCAUCAAUCAAGAAGACCUGAUAUGGCAAAGUUUCGACUUUAUGACAGACACUUUACUUCCGGGAAUGAAGCUGGGCUGGAACUUGAUUACCGGUAUUGAAAGUCACCUCACGUCGUGGAAAUCCGAAGAUGAUCCCGCUUUUGGUGACUAUUCUAUGAAGAUUGAUGCCAGAGGUUACCCUCAGCUUUUCGUAUUUAAAGGCCAGGAAUUAAUAUACAGAGGAGGUCCAUGGAACGGACUCAGGUUUACGGGAGUUCCUGAAUUAAAAGCCAACAAGUUUUUCAACUUCACUUUUUUUCUUAAUCCGAGAGAAGUUUACUACCAAAAUAAUCUUAAAGAUUCUUCAGCUAUUACUCGGCUGGUGUUGCAUUCGUAUGGUAUUGUAGAGCGCUUGUUUUGGACCGAUAGCAAACAAAAAUGGGAACCUUACCAGUCCGGACGAUAUGAUCAAUGUUAUCAAUAUGCGGUGUGCGGGCCAUUCGGGAACUGCAAUAAUGCCAAGACCUCAGUUUGUGAAUGCUUUAAGGGGUUUGUACCCACAUCUCCUGAUCAGUGGAAUAGUAAAAAUUGGUCACAAGGGUGUCGACAUACUAUCCCUUUGGAUUGUAACUCCACGGAAGGGUUCAACAAAUAUUCAAAUUUGAAGUUACCCGACACUAGGGGGUCAUGGUACAACAAGACCAUGACCCUUGUAGAGUGUGAGAAGAAGUGUAAAAACAAUUGCUCAUGUACUGCUUACACAAGUUCGAAUUUCUCAGGGACUGGGAGUGGUUGCUUGCUAUGGUUUGGUGCCCUAAUUGAUAUCACAACGAUUGCUGAAAAUGUGGACACUCUUUAUAUUCGAGUUUCAUCUUCUCAGUUAGCCUCAAUAGAAAACACUACAAGUUCAAGUGCAGGGAGAGGAGCCACAGCCUCAAUAGAAAACACUACAAGUUCAAGUGCAGGGAGAGGAGUACGAGUUAUUCUACCCAUAGCAUCAGCAUCUGUGGUUUUGGUCGUACUAGUUUCAAUAUGCAUAUUUUAUCGUUUUUAUUGGAAGAAGCACCCGCAUCAAGGGACACCUAGAAAUGCAUUGGGACAUGAACCUGAAAAUGGAAGUGGUAACGAAGAUCUAGAGCUACCACUAUUUGGGUUGUCUACAAUACUUAAAUCUACCAACAACUUUUCAAUGGACAAUAAACUUGGAGAGGGCGGUUAUGGACCUGUCUACAAGGGUGUACUCGAAGACGGGCAGGAAAUAGCAGUGAAGCGUUUAGCAAAAAAAUCCACUCAAGGUCUUCAUGAGUUUAAGAAUGAAGUCAUCUCGAUAUCUAAACUACAACAUCGGAAUCUGGUCAAGCUCUUGGGCUACUGCAUAGAGGGAACAGAAAAGAUGUUAAUAUAUGAAUACAUGCCAAACAAAAGUCUUGAUUACCUCAUAUUUGAUAAAACACAAAGCGAACUUCUUGAUUGGCCUGCACGUUACCACAUAAUCAUUGGAAUUGCUCGUGGACUUCUAUAUCUUCACCAAGAUUCUCGGUUGAGAAUCAUACAUAGAGAUCUUAAAGUCAGCAAUAUUUUGCUUGACACAGAUAUGAAUCCGAAGAUAUCAGAUUUUGGCAUGGCUAGAACUUUUGGAGGAAAUCAGAUAGAAGCAAACACAAAUAGAGUGGUUGGCACAUAUGGCUACAUGGCGCCAGAGUAUGCAGGAGAUGGUAUCUUUUCAAUAAAAUCAGACGUAUAUAGUUUUGGCGUAUUAGUCCUAGAGAUCGUGUGUGGAGAGAAAAACAGAGGGUUUGACCAUAAAAAAAUUUGGAACAACCUUAUUGGACAUGCAUGGAGACUCCAUAACGAAGGUAGAUCCUUGCAACUAGUUGCUAAGUGCCUAGGUGACUCAAUCAAUGUGCCUCAGGUUCUACGGUCAAUCCAUAUUGGUUUGUUGUGUGUUCAGCGUGAUCCAGAGGAUAGACCGACUAUGACUAUUGUGCUCCUGAUGUUAGGGACUGAGGGCCCAUUGCCCUUACCCAAUGAACCAGGAUUUUACGUUGGAAACCCUAAGCAAGAUGCUACUCAAUCUUCAAGCUCACAUGGAACAUCUUCUAACAAUGAGCUAAGCAUUUCAAUAUUGAGUGCUAGAUAAACUGCUUCCAGCUAAAUAACCUUAUCAAUUAAGCUCCGUAGAUUUGUUAGAUAUUAAGGAUUAAAACUAAGAUAUCUUAUAUUACUGUGUAAUAAUUGUGAACUUUUAUGUACCUCGCUACUUGCUAGCCUAGGACAUGGAUGUAAAAUAAACACAUACUUAAACAUAUGAACUCCGCUGUACUUUGCUUAUCUUGCCUAUGUUUUUUUUUCCCCAAAUUAUCAAGGAAAAACUUGAUGAAAUAGCGGUCAUAAGACUGCAAUUUAAAUUUGCUGUUGGAAUUUA